AUGCCAGCUGAUUCGAAAGGUCGUCGCAACCUCUUGUGGGCAUUUGGAUUAUUUUCUCUGAUCCUGAUAUCAUUCCACAUCUUCUCGUCAAAAGAGAUGGAUAGCCUCCCCGCCCCUUUCACCAUCGAAAUCGAUGGCAGUCCCAUCGCCAAGGUCGACGGCAACGCCGAAGACAAGACGCAUGCGAAAACAGGCACGGACGCAGCCGUCUUUGAACUCAAGGGCAGCCGUCUGCAGUGCGACGGUCACAUUCUUGGACGAGCCAUGGUAGAAGACCGUAGCUUCCUUCCAAAGCAAGUGUGGUGGUUCAAGGCAGACACCGAUAUGCCCGUGCAUAAAGUUACUGCAAGCCAGGAUGGUGAUUCUUACCAACUGAAGUUCUCCAACGCGCCUCUGAUGGUAGACGAUGGAGGGGUCUUUGCGGAUCUUCUUGGGGAUAACCCAUCUAAAGUGGUCUUGAAGAUGCAGUCGUAG